CCAAGAUGAAGAAGAACAGGAUGGUUUCCCAGAAGUACAAGCCUCUCCACCUCCUUCACCAUUUCUUUCUGCCAUAUUGGCAGCUUUCCAACCAGUGGCAUACGAUGAUGAAGAGCAAGCCUGGCGCUGCCACGUCAAUCAAAUGCUGUCAGAUACAGAUGGAUCUUGUGCUGUCUAUACCUUUCACGUCUUCUCAAGGUUGUUUCAGACAAUUCAAAGAAAGUUUGUAUCUAUAACAAAUGAUUCGGUCAGCUUUCUUGGUGAAAGUCUACAGCGCAUUGGAACAAAAUUUAAAAGUUCUCUGGAAGUGAUGAUGUUAUGUUCAGAAUGUCCGACAGUGUUUGUGGAUGCAGAAACGCUAAUGUCUUGUGGCCUGCUAGAAACAUUGAAGUUCAGUGUUCUGGAGCUCCAAGAACAUUUGGAUACCUAUAAUGUCAAAAGAGAGGCAGCAGAACAGUGGCUAGAAGACUGCAAAAGAACAUUUGGUACUGAUGAUGGUAUUCAUGGCACUAACACAGAUGCCCAGGAACUGGAGUUGUGUCGGAGGCUAUACAAGCUGCAUUUCCAGUUGCUGCUUCUGUUCCAAGCCUACUGCAAACUCAUCAGCCAAGUAAAAACAAUCAAAAAAGAAGCAGAGGUCAUAAACAUGUCUGAAGAACUUGCUCUUCUGGAGAGCUGCCUGAAAGAGGCUGAGGCUGCGUCUGACAGUGGUAUCGAAGAAAUUGAAAUUGCAGAGGCUUCCCAAGCUAGCACAGAAACAGCUAUUCACUCUCUCAUUGAAACCCUGAGAAACAAGGAGUUUGUGUCAGCUGUAGCACAAGUCAAGGCUUUCAGAUCUAUUUGGCCCCAUGACAUCUUCGGCAGUUCUGAAGACGACCCAGUUCAAACACUGCUGCACAUAUAUUUCCGUCAUCAGACGCUUGGUCAAACUGGUAGCUUCGCAGUAGUAGGCUCCAACCAAGAUAUGUCUGAGGCCAGCUCAAAGCUGAUGGAACUUAAUCUAGAAAUUCGGGAGUCUCUACGCAUGGUGCAAUCCUAUCAGCUUCUAGGGAAAAUCAAACCAGGAGUAAAUGUUGUGAGCACUGGAUUCUGAACAGCUGUCGUUUAGAAAAGAACUGAUGAUGGAGAUGCUUCAGACUAUUAUUGCACCUUUCAUAAAAAAAGAAAAAAAGAAAAAAAAUGAAGAAAUAGAAAAAAGAAAAAUACUCCAGCAAUUCUAACAACCAACACGGUUUCAUCACAGCAAGAUAUUGUUUCAUCAAAAGUAAAAAAAACGAAAAGUGAACAUCUUACUUGACUGCUCUUUCUACACAGCAGCUGUGUGGCAGUAGUAUUUUUUUAUUAAAUUUAUGUAUAAAAACUACACAAAAGCAAAAGGGCUUAAAUGUAAUGCAUACAUAUGCAUUAUUCGCUGUUGUAACAGAA